AUGGAUGGGCCACAAGAUGUUUUCUCUGGUGAUGGUGGCUGCAUAGGAGACGUAGUUACAGAAAAGUAUAUGGUGGAAUCCAGGGAACCUGCCUCUCAUGUUCAGCUGGCUUGCAGCGAGCCUUACUGUGCUUUCCCUCUCAAUGGACGUGAGCUUUGUGUUUGGAGUGCCAGGAGUCCUGAUGACCAGCUUCUCAUCCUAAGAGGACACCAUCAGUCAAUAACAGCUGUGGCUUUUGGAAAUAAAGUGAGUCCCCAUCUUCUGUGCUCUGCAUCACCUGACAACGUGCUAGUGUGGCACCUGAGCGAAUGCAGAGACAACGCACUCCAGGGGACAGCUCCUCGUGGGAUAGUCCUGGGCACACUCCCGGGAAAGGCUCUUUGCUUACGGUUCAGCCCGGAUGAUCGGACUGUUGCAGCGUGUGUUGGGAAGAGAAUAUUCCUCCUGGACACCCAGGGCCCGUGUGUCCUGGCCGAGCUGCAGGGCCAUCUGGCUCCCGUGACUGCGCUGGCGUUUUGUGCUUGGCAAGCCGACACUGUCAUCUCUGUGUCUGAGGACAGAAGCUUUAAGGUCUGGGACCACCGUGUGGGGACAUUGGUGCACACAUCACCAGUGCUGACAGCAUAUCCUCUCCUCAGCGUCUUUAUUGAUGAAGACACGAAGCAGCUCGUUGCUGGAUGUGCUGAUGGUCAGCUUUGGAUCUUCAGUUUGGUUGAAGCACAUCAUUACCGGUGUGUGGUGCAUAUUGACCUGAGGAGAAAGAUGGAGUGUUUGUCCGCCGCAAAGGUGCCAUCUGGACUGCACAACCCCUCAGAGAGCUGGCUGCCCUCUACAAAUGAGCAGGAAAAAGAAGACAGGGUUGAAGUUGCAUUUCUUAUCCUGCAGCUGGAACACUGUGACCUGUCCCAUAUUCUGAAUCAAGUGUAUGAAUGCAGCCGUCCUUCUGUGAACACCGCUUGUCUGUGGAUCGGAAGCUCGGCCGGGUUAUUCAUCCUCAACUUGGCAAACUUUGAACUGGAAGCUGUUUUGCUUUACAAAGACGUGACGGGCCUCAGUGUUAAAGUGGCCGGCUCGUGUGCUAUAACGAGCAAACCCGCAAGGCAGAAGGUGCUUUGCUUGCUCGCGGCCAUGUUUGGAAAUAAGAUAGCCGUGUUGGAGGUCAACCUUGCCGCAUUUGUGAGGUCUCAGCUGAGCCCUGCUGUGCAGAAGAACCUUUCUGUGUUGGCGAGCAAAGAAUAUUCCCUGGAGGGUUCCCCACCGGCCCGCCUCUGCAAGCAGGCUGCUGUGGCCCCGACACCAACCGCGGUGUACUGCCUGCACUACUCAGAUGAUGGCCGGCGGCUGGCCUGUGGCUUAGCCAACCACCUGCUGCUUGUCUUCGAUGCCAGCCUCACUGGAACCCCAGCUGCUUUUUUAGGUAAAGGCAAACACGUGUUCUCUAAGCCUGUACAAUCUGCCCAGUUUUAUUACAUGGAUGCUUUUAUACUGGCGGCGGCUGGCCUGGAAUUUCAUCUGCUAAAGUAUUGUGUCGACACUUGCAAAGAUGACAUCCGCAGGUAUAAACAGAAGAGCAAGUUCCGAGCGGUGCACAGGCUGUCCAUGGCGGAUGGGGCAGAGAUCACCGGCUUCUCAGCAGUAAAUGAUUUUUACUCCUACAUCGUGCUUGCCGCCGGCCGGAACAGAGCCGUAGAGGUUUUUGAUCUCAAUGCUGGCCGCACUGUGGCCACGAUCCCAGAAGCCCAUUCGCGACUUGUCCACCAGAUUUGUCAAAACAAAGGAUCACCCUUUGCAGCCCAGCAACCCGACGCUUACAACCUUUUCCUCACCGUGGCCGUGGGUGACGGGAUAAAGCUGUGGGACCUUCGGACCCUGAGGUGUGAGCGUCGCUUUGAGGGACAUGCAAACCGCUGCCACCCAUGUGGGGUUGCCCUCAGUGCCUGUGGGCGGUAUGUGGCCUGUGGUGCGGAGGACAGAUACGCCUAUGUGUAUGAAAUGGGGUCCAGUACUUUUUCCCGCAGGCUGGGAGGACACACGGACACGGUGACCCGGGUGGCCUUCAGCCCCUCAGCUCUCCAGGUAUGA